AUGGACAGCCACAUCUGCCCGAUCUGCCACGAGAGCAAGGACCCGCACAGAGCCAGGUUCGCGCACGUGCGCUUGGGCUUGGGCGAGCCCCCGGAGCCCGUAUUAUGCAAGUGCAAGGACCCGAUGACAAUCAUCACCUCGGUGCAGCAGAAGAUCGCGAGCUUCGUGAGCAACGUGAGGUCCAACGAUCACGUCGUCAUUGACGUCCCGGACGUGAGCGGGUACUCGGGUGUGUUCCUGGCCAAGGCCGACGGCGAGAAGGUGUACGUGUUCUGCUACGAGUUCGGCUACGUGAUCACAAUCACAGACCCGAAGUUGGACGUGGUCACCUGCAUGGCCACAGUCACGCACAAGGACCUGCCCGAGAUGACGCACACGCCCGACGUCGUGCUCGCGGAGAUGAUGAUGGACGGGAGUCUGAUCUACGUCGACACCUUGUCCAUGAACAGCGACGGGAAGCUGCCCAAGAGCAUGAACAUGUCUGUGUGCCCGAUCAGGACGGAGAGGCCGCCCUUCAUCUACCGCAAGAGCUGGGACCAGUUGCCGUCCAAGGUUCAGUUGGAGCUCGAGCCCACGCCCAACGACGGGAUCAUAUUCACGAACAAGUUCAGGACCAUGCGCUUGAAGCAGCCCACGGUCGACCUCCUGUACAUGGACGGGAAGCUGCACGGGAGCGACGGCGCGAUGAUGGUCAGGGUGACGGACGGGAGCCCGGAGAUGGAGGGGGAGACGGUCUACGAGCUCGACGUGGUCAAGGACAAGGACACGGGCGCGAUCAAGGUCACCAACCCGAGACAGAGGCCGCUCAAGAAGCUGGCCAACUCCAUGGACGUCAUUAAGAGGGCAAUCGCCAGCGCGAGUGCGGACGUGUCCACGAACACGGUGCUGUUGGACAUCACAUCCAUGUCCUUCUCCAUGAGGGAGCGCGUGUACGAGAUGGCACAGUCCAGGGCGCCCGCGGCCGGGAAGGUGAUCGUGUCCUUCGGUGUGGGGUGGUUCCAGGAGUGGAAGCAGAUGUUGGACGAGGGCUUCUCCUGCAUUGCGGUUGACCCCUAG